AAUAAAAUAAUGCGAGUCCAACCGAACGCAGUAUAUAUAGACCGAAUCGACGGCCGGUUGCAUGCCGCCUCCGUUGAUCUCGGUCGAAUCGAUCGGCGACAUGGCGGCGGCGGUGGCGGCGCUCCCCCGCCUCCCCGACGACGUGCUCGCGGAGGUCCUCCGCCGCCUCGAGCCGCGGUCGCUCGUGGCGUCGCGCUGCGUCUGCAAGCCCUGGCGCGACCUCAUCGACGCCCGCCGCCGCCAGCUCCUCCUCCCUCUCUCCCUCGCCGGGAUCUUCAUCGGCCAGACCGCCUCCCACGGCCCGAGAUUCUUCGCCCGCCGCCCCUCCUCCAUCGCCGGUAGCCUCCGCUUCCUCCCCUCCUCCACCCCCACCCCCACUCCCACCGCCGGCGACAAACCACCACCACCACAACCACCCCACCGCCGCGGCCGCGGCCGCUACGAGAUCCAGGACCACUGCAACGGCCUCCUCCUGCUCCUCCUCCCCGACGACCUCGUCGUCGCCAACCCGGCAACGCGGUGGUGCUCGCCGCCCUUACCCCCGCGGCCGGCGCCGCGGAUGGGGCCCAGCGCCUUCGACGCCCACUGCCUCGUGUACGACCCCACCGCCUCCUCCCGCUACGAGGUCUUCUCCAUCCCCUGCUUCCACCGCAGGUGCAGCGCGUGCUACUCCAGCCCAGAGCCGGGGACUGCAGACAGCAGGCGCGCCGGCUGCGACGAACCCCUGAACGAGCUGUCCGAGUGGCCGCCAUUGGUGUGGGCCUUGGACGUGUACUCGUCGAGCACGGGGAGAUGGGAGGAGAGGACGUUUCAUCGGCAGGGGGAAGCUGCAGGGACCAUCGCUGGCAUGCGGUUUGAUUUGUCAGGUCACAAGUGCAAAUCCGUCUACUGGCGAGGAGCACUCUACGUCCAUUACAAAACGUGUUUCAUCAUGAGGAUGUCCUUGUCGGAUGGCAAGUACCAAGUGAUUAAAACGCCGCCAGUGGUCAGGGUGAACAGAUUCCCACAUUUUUCUCUAGGAGCGUCACAGAAGGGCGUGUACCUCGCACAAGUCACACAGCCCCGCUGGCUUCAGGUCUGGGUUCUCGACGAGUCGUCCGACAGAAUGGAGUGGGCGCUGAAGCACGAGAAGAACCUCAACCUCGUGCUGCCUCGACAGACCCACUACCGCCGAUGGAUCUUGCAAGAUGUAACUGGCAAGGACAAAAUCAGGCAGCACAAAGAACGGGGCGACGAAGAGAGCCCCGAAUGGAGCUCCGACGAUGACACCAUUGAUCUCAGGAGAGUGGUCCAGGUGCCCCACCAUGGAUACCGUGGAAACAUUGAUGUCCUGGGGUUUCAUCCGCACAAGGAGAUCGUUUUCUUGUGUGAUGCGCUGCAGACAGGGCUGGCUUACCAUAUAAACACCUCCAAGAUCGACAACCUGGGCAAGUUGCAUCUGGCCGGCAGCUACGACGAGGUUUUAUCUAAUAAGAGGUUCAGUGGUGCGUUUUUUCCAUACACACCCUGCUGGCUGUCAUGGUGAUUUCAGGGAGGAAGAACAGUCCUGCGAACCUGCAAGAUAAUGGUGAUCUGCCGAAAAUAAGCGUAUGCUUGCAAGAUGAUUGAGCUGCGGAACGGAAAGGCCGGCCUGCUCACCUUGGAGCUCUGAACAAGCUGUUCUUUUCUAUAGAUAGAAAUUGUUUUGCUCGUAUCAAAUAUCUGUUCAAGCUGUCUUAAUUUAGUUCUGUUUCUCGUUGCUAAUACUAACAGCAUUUUAGCAGCAGCAUCAGUUGGCCACAAUAAGUCCUGGUGUUUAUCUUUUCUUCCUUCCUAGUGGAUAAUUUUAGGGGUGCCAUGUUUUGCUUAUAUAUAGAAAAUUUCAUCUUUGGGAAUUUAUAUCAUAUUUUGUUUGUACUAGUACAAUGCUCAUGUUUUGCCACGGGCACAAAUAAACCAAGGGAUGCAUCGUUUCGCAGUUGCAACUGCUAAUA